UAUCCAGUUGUCCGCUGAGCAAGAAUACACGCGCUACAGUGAUCUGCAGUCUGUACUCGUAUUCCUACAGCAAAAUCUUUUGUUGAUUGUGACUUAAUAAAAAUAUACAAAGCAGUGAAAUGAAAAAGAUACAUAUUGACGAUGUCCAAACACGGACGGUGGAUGAACAUUUCAAAUUAAUCCUAGAAGAUAAAAGUGUAAUCGAUCCGGAAGCAACCGAUGUAACAUCCAAUGAUCUUCCAGAGUGGUACAAUAAACAAUUAUACAAAGAAGCUCAAAACUUUUAUAAGCGAAACUUGAUGUCAGUGGUAGCAGCAAACACAGUAGGACUUAUUGUAGUAUUUGCAGUUGAAACAAUAUUAAAGGUGCUCUUGUAUACAAAACGAAGUAGUACAACCUGUGCAGCUUUUAAAAGAUACAUCGAAACUACGUUACAUACACAUAAUAUAUAUACGUGUGAUCCAAAUGAUUCAGAUUCCAAUGUCAAAGCUAUAUUGGAGUUGAAAACAAUCGUGCAUAUAUGGAAAUACUCAUAA